GAAGCUGUGGAGGGUUUAGACACUCUCUAGAAGACGACCAAAAUCUAAACAACAGAGAUGAUGGUGACCAGAUGAUGUUAUGGGUAGCUGGUGAUUUGGAGAAAUACAACUAUUCAUUUGUGUAAAGAUUUCUUUGGAAGAGGAAUUAGAUUGAUGUGCUGAAGUGCUUAGAUUGUCUGAGUACCGACGAGUCAUCCUAGAGGAGUGGAUUCGUCUAUAUAGGACAGUCGGAGCAGGAUCCGCCCUGGUUACCCCCAGUGGGACUGGCCAUCAAUGGAAAUGAGUAACUUAGAUGGACAGAAGGGCAAAAAGUUAUACACGGAGGAACAGUGUUCCAGUGAGGAAGCUAAGAUAAUAGUCGCCGAGGAACCAGAGAUCCUUAGUAAGGCGCACGUUCUACUGUUAAAUCUGUCAUGGUUUGGACUCAGUCUUAUGUUUCUGCUGUUGUCUGUGGAGGUGGUUCCUGCCCAGAUCCGGUCGCUGGUUGGUGAGGCCGCCAAGGGGCGAUGGCUUGGUGGCAUGGUGGCAAGCGGGGCAGCGGUGACUUUCAUCACAAGUCCUCUAAUUGGCAUGCUAAGUGACAGGCUGACUCUGCAGGCUGGUAAACGGAGACCGGUAAUGAUAGCGGGCACUGUCGCUUUAUGCUUGGGACUGAUCGGAAUGGCUUUGAGUUCAUCAAAAGUUACAUUAUUGAGAUCUGGAGUCGAUCAGUCUCAAAAUUCAUCAGAUACGUGUAACCGUGACCUUGUAGCUCACCGCUGCUUCCCUUUCUGGAACAACUCGGAUGCCAGACUGUUUAAACAUCAGCACACUGUCCUCAGGGGGUCACAACCAGCCUCCAUCUUACUCCCGGAGAAAAAAACCUACAUAUCUCAACUAGAAUCUGAGCCAGUGGGGAGCUUACCAAUGUACAUAGUAUUUUACCUGGUCGUCACCACUGCAUUCGCCAUCAUUACUGUACCGUAUAAUGCUCUAAUCGCCGACAAGUCUCAUCCUUCACAGCGAGGAUUUAAUUCUGGCGUGAUGGGUGCCAUGAUACUACUAGGAAACCUGAGCGGUGCGGCUGUUGGAACCUGUUUCACGCAAAUUGGUGUUCUUGGUGCGUACGGGACCGCCAUAGCAGUUGUGAUGGUGAGCGUGUGUUUGACAGUGUUUACUACACGCGAGAGGCCUGCAAAGGGUGUGUCCGAGCCGCUGGAUUGCACAUCAAUAUUUACCGCAUUUUGGGAGCCUUUAAAAGAACAUGACUUUCGUUGGGUGUUCAUCACGAGGUUUCUUAUGCAGCAGGGUGUAUCGACGGUAACAGGCUUCCUUGAAUAUUGGGUGUCAGACAUGAUUCAUAUCCCCUUCUGCUGGUCAGAGUCUCGCGCAGUCGCAAUGAUGUUACUUCCUCUACUAUGUGCUGCUUCCAUAAGUUCGAUAAUAUUCGGCGUGAUAUCCGAUCGAUUUGGAAGACGGAAACCUAUGAUAAUCAGCGCAGCGUUGAUCAUGUCUGUGAGUACUUCCACGCUGACCUACAUCAGUGGUUAUAAUGCUUACUUCAUCGCUCUCGUCAUGGCAUUCCUUUUCGGAAUCGGCUUCGGUUCGUUCCAGUCGGUAGACUUUGCACUUGUGAUGGACGUACUUCAGGAUGACAAAGACAAAGCCAAUCACAUCGCAGUGUGGCACCAAGCUUUGGUUCUUCCCAAUGCGUUAGCCACCCCUGUAGGUGGCAUAAUUCUCGACUAUUUUGAGAGUGUUGAUUGUAAACUCGGUCUCGGAUAUAUUAUAUUGUUUGCUGUUACGGCCGUGUAUUUUCUGUUAAGUGCGAUAUUUGUGAAUAAGAUAAGACGUGCGUCGUAAUAUUCCAGAUUAAUGAUUAAUGAUUUUUAGUUCAUCACAAAUAUUUUAAUUGAGAAGUAUUUGUAAAUGAGUGUUGCCAUGUACGAUAUCAAACAGAAUCGUGUUGACCAAACCGAAUUUGAAUUAUCGGUCUUUUCACACCACGUCAAGGGAAGUGAUAUCAAUUUUACAGCCGAAUACAAAUGAUAAUCUGUUUCUGAUCAUUAUCGCGCAGACAGUGUACCUAACAGCAUACUAAUACAAAGGACACAAUGAUUAUCUAGAUGUUUAUACAUGUUUAUAAUGGUCACAAUAUACAUUAUGUAUACACACGUUUGUCACAAAAUAUACCUAGAUAUAUCAUAUUACUAUAACAAUCACAAGAAAAUUAAUAUUAUGAAAAGGUCUCCCACUGCAUAUAAUAACGGAAAUUUUUCGAAGAGACACCAUGUCAUACUACUAUAAAAAGGUACAAGGUACAAGUUGUUAAGAAAAUUAUUUUUAUAGAGGUAAUGCAUGGUUAUUACAUAAUGUAUACACAAACCGGCAGAGAGAGAGAGAGAGAGAGAGAGAGAGAGAGAGACAGAGAG